CUGAGGCCUUCGGAUACCCUUAAACCCUCAGCGGCUCGCCCUGGGCGCUUUCGCUGAAAUUUGCGCUUCGGGCUUCGCUUACCGCGUUUGCGAGUUUUUAGUUUAUAAAGUAAUUUGAAGCAUCAAGUUACUUGCCGCGCACUCAAGCAAGAAAUUGCUUGCGGUUAUCAGAAGCAAUGAAGUUCCAAACUUGCCAAUUGGAGUCACUUCUGACUCAAGUUUUUCUCUUACUUGCAACAUCAUUCACUUCGGGGUGGACUGGGAACAGGCGAAAUGGAUCGACGCCAUACUUUCCAUCGAUGCUAAGGAUAAGCCGUCUGGAAUCCGAACAGACAUCACUUCCUUGCCCCAUCAACAUGGCCCCGAAAGAACCCGUCUCUGUCGUCUGGUUCCACGUGGCAGACGUCAGGCUGAACUUGUAUAGUGGCUUACCUCAAAGCAUGGACACUCAUCGGGAACCGAAGAAAGUUUACGCUUUGGUUGCUCCCGAGCCUUCGCCGACCAAAGUGCUGGGAGCGACCGUUGGACUAGUGGACGGUGCUCACUGGAAGCAACCACCGUGGAUCGGCAGGGCGUUCUUUUCACUGCUCAGUGAUCCACCCGCUUUGCUUCUGAAUCGGCUGGAUCGCUCCGACACUGGAAGUUACGUGUGCAACGUUUCGUACAAAGGUGACAACGUAACCGACGCGGGUGUGACCAUAACGGAGGCCAUCGUGCAUCUGUUUAUAGCAGUUCAUCAGCAGCCACCUGUUAUUAAGGACUCCCAAGGCAACCAACUGCGUGCCAUAGCAGGGCCUUACGCUGCGGGCGACACCGUGAUGCUGACUUGCUCUGUGCCAGCUGCCGGCCACAAACUCACCCUCACCUGGAGGCGGAACGGCCAACCGGUGGGACCACUGUCAGCUACUGUGACGACGCCUAGCGGUAGUUGGGAGAAUCAUCUCGAGCUCGGCCCUUUAUUCCGCGAGGACUUGUUCGCAAACGUCAGCUGCGUGGCAACCAGUGAUAUCACUCUGCCUGCGGAAAGCUCGGUGCUUAUCGACAUGUUCCUGCCGCCUGCCGAAGUCUCCCUCUGGAGCUGGCAUCAUGACGAUGUCGAUGCCUCCAGAUGGGUCAUGGUCGCCCCCUCGGCAACUGGAACUACAUCUUCGGCUAGGGCUUCGACAUCCGUUCUUGAGCCUAAGGCGGGUAUUUCGCACCUCUCCCAAGGAGCAUCUCGGCCACCAAAUGUAGAUGCGGAUUCGGCUGCUGAUUUCUACACUCCGCGCAGCUUCGAGUGCGAGUCAACCGGAAGCCGUCCGCCAGCAAACAUCUCAUGGUUCCUGGACGGAAUGCCGUUGGAUGUGCGCUCGAGUCACACUCGUACCGGAGGCAACGUAACGGCAAGCGUGCUUCUCCUGCCAUCUCAGGUUUACGCGGGAAAGCUCCUUGAGUGCCGGGCCAGCAACGACAAUUUGCGGGAACAUCGAGGAGUGCUCAGUCGCUAUUUGGCUCUGAAUGGGUCAAGCAAGCCAGAAGUGAGCAUCAAGCUGGGUACGGGUCUCAACGCCAGCCGCAUCACUGAGGGAGUGGACGUGUACAUGGAGUGCUCCGUCGUCGGCACUUCAAGAAUCACCGACGUUAAAUGGAGUCGCGACGGCCAAGAGCUCGACGCGGACCUGGCCGAGGGCAUUGUGAUGACUUCUCGCUACUUGGUGAUCCGAGGGGUGACUCCCGGCCACGCCGGAAGCUACACGUGCCGAGUGACUAGCACCCACGGCGACACGGUCGAGAGCACGCCGCUUCUCAUCCGCGUCAGAUACCCUCCCAGGUGUGAUUCCGAGGAAGAUAGCAUCGUGCGUGUUGAGAAAGGCGCUGCCGUAAACGUGACCUGCGACGUGCGAGCCGAUCCUAGCGCAGGCCUACGCUAUUUCUGGCUCGCGGAAAGCGCCGUGGAAGCCACGGAAACCGUGAGGACAAGCCAUCCCGUUCGACCCACGCAAGCGGAUUGGCCGCUCGUGACGGCGUCGAAGCGCCUGGAGAUCAUCGCCAACGCUUCGCUCUUCGAUGCGGCUCUCGCAUGCUGGGCAGAGAACGCCGUGGGAACCCAGAGGAAGCGCUGCCGAUUCAAGUUCGUAUACAAGGGAGAGGACUCGCCCAACCUGAAUUGCACAGUCGGCAAUUACACGGACAGUUCGUUCUCGCUGACCUGUUUCACACCUCUUGCCAAUGGCACGACUACGACGACGUCAACGAGACUGAGACAGCAGCGGCGGCUCCAAGUACAAGUGCUUGACACUAGGAGGGGCAACCGGUCUGAACAGAGCUUCUGGAGCACGGAUCUAGGCCCGAUACUCGUCAACCGACUCCACUCUUCCACCGAAUACUUGGUCGUGGUUCGAAUGCCUCCGGAUGCGACUUUCCGGACCUGGGUUCGCACUCUGGGCCCAGCUCAGACCCUCAUUAGUCAAGGAGAUAUCAAGCGGAACACUCAUGACGGGCGCUGGACACUUGCCCUGAGCGUCGUCGUGUUGGCGUGCAGCCUGGCUGUCACUCUGAUGGCAGGGAUCGGCAUCUACUGCACGCACGCCCGCAGGAAGCAGAUGAGGAAGCGACGGAAGCCACCGGACAGGAGUUUCAAGAGCGACACCAGUUUGAAUGGGCUUGAAGACGUUGACUCUGUGCACAUUGGGGACCACAAGGCCUACGUCGCCACGACGGAUAGCUGCUGACAGCUCAGAGCUCACGUGCUGUAUGAAGUAUACUGAAGUUAGAGCGGUAGCUACUGAUAUCACAAGGAAGAGCUACGGAGAUUUCCUGAUGCGGAAUGCCGUUUGGUGAUGCGCGAAGUAGAUAAGGAAGGGAGCUUCGCGGACGCCUACUCGCAUUGGAGAGUUUUGGAUCGCCCGUAAAGGUAUGAAAGCUUACGGAAUAUAAUGUUAACGGAGCCGUAGACGGCACUGGCAACGCUGGUAGCGACACAUUGUGAUGCGUUGUCAAACCUUAACGCGUGAGAAGUUUUUUAGCAGCGUGGGCUUUCUCGUCGAAGAAAAGAGAAGAAACAAUGUUUUAGUGACCACGUGGCUACAGAAUCUUCAUACCAGCAGCUACGUGUAAUAUGAUUGGUCAGAGUAGUAGUACUUCUAUAUCCGCUCUGGUUAAAUUCUAUGCCACAACAUUGCGCAAACAAUGCGGUUGUUCAAUUUCUUGUCUCCCGUAAAACGUGAAGGGUAAGGCGUUUUACGGACAAUUUAAAUCACUCUAGUGUAUUGCAAUAACGGUGACCGAGGUUCGUGGUCCCUACUACAUGAAGGUUGCUAGCACCAAAACAACCGUAUUUUUCAGAUGAGGUAUCUUUAAAUAACUGCGUUUAAGUACGCGCAGCUCAGGGACUGCUGCGUUGCUUCAAGGAAGCCGGAUUCUGCUACAGAAUGCGACUGCGUGACAUGGGCCUCAUGUGACGCUGUUUAUCUGUAUACGAAUCCUAUACUCUUCGGGAGUAUGCGACGCUUUGACAUACUUUGUCACGAUGAUAGACGGCCACAAUAGUCUGUAUAGCUGCUUCUUUUCUUUUUCUUCUCUCUCUCAUUUUACUUUGCCGUCAUUUCUUCUAACCUUUUCGUGAGCAUGCGAUUGCCUGUGGGAGCUAUCGUCUAAACGCUCCUUUAUUUCCUUAUCUUAGGUCUUUCUGCUUAUCUCUCAGGAUAGGUAUACCGCUGUUCGACUGGGAAACAGAUAAACUCAGAGUACAAUUGAAAUUAGAAUCAAAAACACGAGAUCUAUGCUCAGCUCCAUACCCAAGCCUUGCGAAGUCCUCAUCUCUCUUAUCCGCACUUGCUUCAUUUUUUCGGUACACGUGUGUGCAGGAAAUGCGCACUUCAUGGAGCUAAACGUCCACUAACGAAUGCCCCAGUAGGCGAAGAGGCCAUCCAGAAAGAGUUGCCCCCCUCCAAACUUAAGAAUUAUUAAUGACAUGAUGCGUUAGACAGAGACCCACCCAAGGCGUCUACGCGUUUUCUUUUUUUCUUUGCAGAGACGAGUUCAUAUUACUAUAGGUGAAAGCUGCCCCCGUGCUUCGGCUUACCCUCAUAGUACCUCAUAGUAAAGAAUGCGCCUUAACUUGAAGGCAACGCUUGACUUCAUCUCAUGAAGCCUGGAGUGAACGUGCCCGAGACUUCCAUUGUGUUUCCUUCCGCACGUUCACGUCUGGCUUCACUUAGAGCAAGUCAAGCACGAGCUUCAAAUUCAUGCGCAGUUCAGAAUACGAGGGUUAGUCUCAAAAGAUGUGGUUCCUCUUUGAGUUGCGCACCAAGAAAAAUAAAAACAACUUGCUCACUUUUAUAUCUGCCCAUGGAGAAUACAUUUUUUACGAAAACUGGAAUAAAAUGUUAUUUGAGUGAUU